CUAAUAUCUACACUUAUUUGCAACAGCUUCCUUGGUCCCACCAUCAGAUUUUUUUUUCUGGAAAAUGUUGUAAAAUAGCUUUUUCUUAAUACUAAGGUGGUGUUAUCUAAUCAGUGAUUUGCAAUCCAUCAAAUUUUAAAAUUGUUAAAGUUCAAGAAUUCUAAAAUAUCUGCAGUAGGCUUUGGAUUUUAAGUUCACUCAUUUAUUCAUGAGACUCCAUAAGAGAUUAUUUGAAAUCAAUUGAAAAUACAAAGAAUUUUAAAAUCCUUAAAAGUUGAAUAACACUUGAUUUUCAAAACAUAAUUAAAUCAUUCAUUGAAUAACACUAGAUUUUAAAAUAGAAUUUAAAAUUAUCAUUCGAAUAACAGUAGAUUGUAUUUAGAUUUAAAAUCUAUUAAAAUACAUCAACGAAAAUAUUUUGUAAUGGUCUUUAUCUUUAUACAUGAUAGAAUAUCUGGAUAAGGUAUCCUGGGAAAAUAAUCAUGUCGAGUCCAAUCAAUGUUGGACCAUGAUUAAGAAUUUACUUAUUGGAUUCAUAAUCGAAGGCCAAAAUAUUUAACCAAUACAUCUAAAGUGAAGCCUCUCGCAGAUUGCCACAUCCUGACAUCGACAAAACAUCGAUGUUUGUUACUAUUUUAAAAAGAUGAACAUAUUUAAUAUCUUCAUUCUAAUAAGAUGAUCACAAAACAAAACAUGCAUUUACAUAUUUUUCUUUUUGGAACAUCAACUAUGCUUUAUGUUUUAAAUUCAAAUAUAUUUACAUUGAUGCAACUAUCAACUAUUUAUUAUAUUUUUAUUGAAUCAAUCAGUGAAAAUUACUUACACUACUGUCACUAAUCGCUAUCAAAAUGGAUAACAAAAACAAUUUUAAAUUUAUUAAAGAAUAAAACAUACGAACCCGGCGCUACGCGCCGGAAUACUACUAGUAUAUAAUAAUAACUAACAAAAAAAUAUUUUAUCCCAAGAAAAAAAUAUUUAAAAUUAACCUUCAAAAUUCCACGAGUUGUAAAGAAAUAAAAUUAUAUUCCACAAAUCCAAAGUGCAUGGAUCCCACUCCCAACCUACGUAGUACGCACGUCUGUCCGGUAAUAUACACUCGAUUACCAUUUUCUCCUCACAUUUAAGCGCUACUCCUUUCUCUUUCACAGACCCAAUUUCAUAAUUUUAUUCAAAUAAUCUCUCAACACGUCAACAGACUCAAGAGUCGAGAACCUAUAUAAGAGAGACCAGUCAAAACUCCCUGAAAGCACACAUCUCAUAACCUAAUGUCGUCUCAAGAAACCAAUCAAGAUCAAAGAAAAGGAGCAGAAAUCGUCAAUGGCGUAUUAAUAUGCAAACAAAAAGCCCACGAGAUCUUAUCAACCAUGAACUUACCUAAGGGACUUCUCCCUUUAGACACAAUGACCGAGAUCGGUUUCAACAAAUCGACCGGUUAUAUAUGGAUCAAGAUGAAGAACAAGGUUCAGCACAAGUUUAAAGCCAUCGGCAAAAACGUAUCGUACGACUCGGAGGUUACGGCUUUCGUCGAGAAACGUAGGAUGCGCAGUCUUACUGGAAUCAAGAGCAAAGAGCUUUUGAUUUGGGUUACCAUCUCUGAGAUUUACGUUGAUGAUCAAGAUACGACUAAAAUCACUUUUGCUGGUCCGUCCGGGUUGUCACGUUCUUUUCCUGUAUCUGCUUUCGAGGAUGAGAAAUGAUUUGUCAACGGUAUACGUUGACUUUUUAUUUUUCUUGCUUUCGUUAGCUAAAAUUCAUCUUUUUGCUAAAAUAAAAAUCAUCUUAUUGAGGAUUUGUUUGUGUUUUUUCUCUAUCUUUAUAAUUAAGUCUUUGUUUUCAUAAAUGCAAUCGACUUACAAUGAUUAAGAGGUAGAAAAACAUCUUUUACUAUAGUAUUUAUUUUAUACUCUAUCCAUUUCAUUUUAAUCAUUAUUUUAGAUUUAUGAACACAAAUUAAAAGACAUUUAAUUUAAGUAUUUUCUAAAUAAAACAUUAUUACCUAUAUACUUAAUCUCAUUUUAACCAAUAGAAAAAUAGAUGUAAAAUAUAAAAAAUCGUAUAACAUAUAAAGUUAAACGCAGCAGUAACCUCGAGUUGAAUUGUAUUUAACCUCUCAUUUCAACCAUCUUUAAUCAUAUUUUCGUCUUCUUAAACGAACUACGUUCUACUUAGUUUGUACUUUUUAAAAUGUCUAUCAAUUUUAAAUAUAAAAACUGCUAAAGAAGAGUCUAUCCAAAUAAUUUAGUAUUGAUUUCAAUUCUCGUUUGGAAACAACACUACUUCGAAAGACAUGUAUAUAUAUUAUAUAUAUAUAUAUAUAUAUUUAAUACUAUUUUGUAAACCUAUAUAUAGUUGAAAUGAUAUAAACAAAUUAAAAUAGCGGAUCCAUGAGGGAAAAAAUCGAUGGUGUUCACCCCACAUCUCCAUGAGAUAACUCUUACAACUACUACUAUUGAGAAACCAAGAUUCAUUAUCUAACCAUCUUCUUCUCUUUUUUAUUAUUCUCAACGAUGAUUCUUGUUUCUGUUCUUCUUCUUGCUCCUCGUACGAAGAUGUCUUAAUAUUCUUGAGAUUAUGUCUGUAUUAACAACUGCUUGCUCAAAAACUUCGACCUCAAGCAUGUUCAUUUUCACCAUAGGGUUUAUGUGAUCCCUCACAAACGCAAACGCCAACUGGUCUCGUGGGUUAAACGCUUCUAACUCGUUGAACAUGAAGCACGAGAAAAGGUUGCUUCUUAUUCCAUGUGUUCUCAGUAUCAUCGCACUAUCUGGUACAUUUAAUCAAAACAAAAUAUAAAAAAUAUCAUUUGAAUAUGGGAAAACAUCCACGCAAACUUAAAAGUGCUGAUCAUUAAAAUUAACAUGGAAAAUCUUAUUUUUCUAAGAACGUUAAUAUCCAAUUAAAACAUACUCGUAAAGAUAGUAUUAUUACCAUCCAUAUCUAAGAAAACAAAACUAGUCUAGUUUCAGUUGUAUGCAUUUAAAUAAGGAAGAAUUGCCAAGUGUGACUCAAAACUUGGAGUCAAACCUAAAACAAUACCCCAAUUUGGGUCAAAGACAAAAGUAACCUAAAAGGCUAUUGAAAUUACAACUAUCUCCUUGUGACCAAACAAAAAAACGGAAUUUUUUUUACGUUUCUACCCCUCGCAAGUCGUCUGUUUAGACGACUUGAAAAUAAGUCGUCCAGACGACUUAACUGAAAGUCGUCUGGACAGUUAGUCUUAAACAUAAUUUAAAAAUUUUGUAAAAAAUAUUUUGAUAAGUGAAAAAUGGGAAUUAUGU